GCUUGAGUGUGGCGCAGACUUGGAGGCAACCAACCCGUUGUCAUUGUAUAAGAAUCAGACGGAGGAAAUGGAGGAUGACCAUUUCAUGGUGCACUAUUCUCAAACCAUAUAAUUGGAGCGUCGCAUUUGUACAACUGUGAGAGCUCGUGACGUCAACCAGGAGCGCAAACGCAGGCAGGAGACCAGGCAUAUACAGUAAUCUCACGCGCCAGGUUACCUCCAUUCCUUCCCCGGAUUUAUCUUUUCCUGCCCAAGCAAACAUAAGAAAUCAAGAGACUCCAAUCCACAACCAGCUCUAGAGUACCCAAGCAUCCCUUACCAUCAACACUCAAAUUAAUCGCAAACACACAAACUUGCAAUCGUUCUCCAUGGCAUCGAUCGAAUCCAAGAUCCAGGCCGCGGCGGCCGAAAAUGCCACGCUCCUACAAACCCUCAGAGAAACGGACCACGCCGCGCCCGACCUGGACAAUCAGAACAAGUUCAUCGCCGACCUAGACAGGCAGAUACUCGAGUCGUCGCGGGUGAUUUCCGAGCUGGACAGGAAGCGCAACAAGGAGCUCAAGGACCACGAAAAGUACCGCGAUUCGGUCAUGCGCCGCUUCGCGUACAAGGCGACUGGCAAGCGCGAAAAGUUCACGCAGAGGGCCGAGAAGGAGGAGAAGGAGUACUUUGAGGUGCUGCAGCAGUGCCACCACGAGGCUGAGUCCAGAAAGAGACUUGAGCAGAUGUUGAGGGACGCCCACGACGUCAAGGCCCAGCUGGAGACGGCCUCGCGCCGCCACCGACAAGCUCAAGUGGACCUGGAUGGCCUGUACAGUUCAAUCUUUGAGGGUCCGACGCCUGCAUUUCCUGAGGAGGAUCGGAUUGAAGAAGUGACCAAGGAGGCGCGGGACAAUUACCACCAAGCGCGCGUUCGAUGCGAGGGCGAACUGCAGGCGUUGCAACUUUUGGAGAAGGCGUGGAAGAGCAUGUCACUGAGCGUCAGGAUGAUGCAGGAAGCCGUCUCGGCGUCGCAUUGGGACAUGUUUGGGGGCGGCAGCAUGGCAGAUGCAAUGGAGCGGUCGGCGCUGCACAAGGCGGAUAUAGCAGUGCGGGAUGCGAGGAUGCUGGCGAUGCAGGCGCAGAAGCAAAGCCCUUUUGUGAACUUGGACUCCAUUCCGAACGUGCAGAUGGCGCAGGGGAGCAUCAUGAGCGAUGUCUUCUUUGACAACAUUUUCACCGACAUGGCCUUCCACGACAAGAUCCGACAGAGUCAGCAGCAGGUCCAUCGUUGUCUCGACGCGCACACGAAGCUGGUGAAGGAGUCGAAAGAAAGGUACGACCAGUUGAAGGGCGAAGUGAAGGAGAGAGAAGUCAUGUUGGACUCGGCGAGAUCAGCAUUGCAGGAGGCCAGAGCAGAAGUAUUCAGGCGGGUUGGCGGUGGCAUGCGCGAGACACAGAUGACCAAGGCCUGAUUAAUCACAAUUCACAUUAUUGAUACGGAAUUGAAGCCGGCCUUAUUUUUUUUCAUACCACAAUGAAUGACGUAGACCAAAAGAAAAAAAAAAGUCUGACCUUUGAUGUGGAUUCCCCUUUCUAAGAAAUUAGUUUGAGUUCUCUUACCGUCUCACUGGUGGAAGCAGCCGACAAAGCAAACGACGAACAUGAAUUCGAGGAUUGGAAUGCCGACACUUAUUUGAAAAGCGGACACUCACAAACCAACGUUACCUACUCUUGUAGCAAGCCGCAACCACUUUUCGUCCUACUCUCCGCUUGCAACCCACGAGUUGGCAUCGAUCCUAUUGCUUGCUAACAAAUUUC